UCAUUCAAGUGCAGACAUUUCAUUGGCUACUCAGGGGUCUUUAUUUUCAGUGAGCACGCUGGACGCAGGAGUCAGGGAUAUCUGAGCUUGCAAGUCUGUCUGAGACCGGGGGAGAAUGGGACGCUCCUCCAAAGACAAGCGUGACAUUUACUACCGGCUAGCCAAAGAAGAGGGAUGGCGAGCCAGGAGUGCCUUUAAACUGCUCCAACUGGACGAGGAGUUCAACCUCUUCAAAGGUGUUCGUCGCGCGGUGGACCUUUGCGCCGCUCCGGGGAGCUGGAGUCAGGUCCUGAGCCGGAAACUCCGAGGGAAAGAGGAGAAGAGUGAGGAUGUGAAAAUCGUAGCAGUGGAUCUUCAAGCUAUGGCCCCCCUGCCUGGGGUCACUCAGAUACAGGGGGACAUCACCAAGAUCACCACUGCACAGGAAAUUAUCAGGCACUUUGAGGGCCAGCCUGCUGAUCUUGUGGUGUGUGACGGUGCCCCUGAUGUGACUGGCCUCCAUGAUGUUGAUGAAUAUAUUCAGGCCCAGCUUCUGCUUGCUGCCCUGAACAUUACAACUCAUGUUCUCAAACCUGGGGGCACCUUCGUGGCAAAGAUAUUUCGGGGGAAGGACGUGACCCUCCUGUACUCCCAGCUGAAGAUCUUCUUCAGCGGCGUGACAUGCGCCAAACCGCGGAGCAGCCGAAACUCCAGCAUCGAGGCGUUUGUGGUGUGUGAGAACUACUCCCCCCCGGAAGGAUACGUCCCGAACAUGUCCAACCCCCUCCUGGACCACUGCUACGAUGUGGACUUUAAUCAGCUGGAGGGCCCAAACCGGGUCAUCGUCCCCUUCCUGGCCUGCGGGGACCUCAGCGCCUUCGACUCGGACCGCACCUACCCGCUCCAGCUGGACCCCAGUAAGGAGUACCGCUACACGCCCCCGACCCAGCCCCCCAUCCGCCCGCCCUACCAGCAAGCCUGCCACCUGCGCAAGAACAACCUGCUGGCCAAGCAGGACUCUCCCGCCGUCCCAUUGGACGGGGCCUUCUCCAGCCUGCACCUCUCGUCCAAUCGGGGCCCGGAGUCGGACGAGGCGGCGUCGUCGUCAGCGGCGCCGCCGCCGCCCCGUGAUGUCAGCAGUGGAGAGGCCACGGAACAGGAGGUCGAGCGACUGAAAUGAACGUCGGGUAGCGCUGUCGUCUUUAGGUCACGCGGAACAUUCUGGAGUUGUUUUAUCUGGCUGCUCGGUCUGUAAGAAGCUGACCGGGGGCUGGCUCUUUAAAAGAGCACGGCAGUCACGCUGUAAGAGUGUGCAGCCGAACGUUUUACCUUGAAUGUGCAGUUUAAGGAGCCCUUAACGAAGACUGAGAGAUGAACAAACCUCGCCAUGACAACCUCUCUUUAGUUUCGAAGAAAACUGUCGAUGUGACCGCAACAACACUCAUUUUAGAAUUAAAACACUUGGAGAGGGGUAAUGUUAAUAUGAGAGUUCAUUUUUCUGUUGAAUAUCAGUUUUUGAAAAUACAUCUUUAAAAAUCAUUUUAAAAUUCCAAAUAAAUCUAUUCUUCAGAGUUUUUAAAUGCAACUAACACGUAAUGUAGAAUGUUAUGUAUGCAUCUCCAAUAAAUUGACUGGAAAGAAACCAUG